GGAAAAAAGAGGGUAGCCCAUUUUGUGUCAAUCAGAGACACUCUGAAAAUCUUGUUGAAGGAUCCAAAGGUAAAGGACAUGCUGUUAAAGUCUUUUCAGAAAGAAAUCAAUGAAACCUCAAUUCUUAAAGACUUUUGUGAUGGUGAAGCUUAUAUCAAACACAGAUGUGGACACUCUGAUGGAAAAUGCAUUCAUUUGUUAUUGUUUCAAGAUGCAUUUGAAUUUAAUGCAUUUGGACCAUCAGCUUCUUUUUUUAAAACUCUUGGUUUCUAUUAUCUAGUUGGCAAUCUAGAUCCAGAAUUUCGUUCGAAAGUGGAUGUGAAUCAGCUUGCAGGCUUGGUUUUGGAGAAAGAUACAGUUCCAACUGUAGAGGAGGAGUUAGAAUGCAAAGAUAUACUGAAAGAAGCUAUAAAACCCCUUUUGGAUGAACUUGAAGACUUGAAGAAGAAUGGAAUUGAUGUGGAUGGAGAAACUAUUCCUGUUUGCUUGUUGUUUCUUAUUGGGGAUAAUCUAGGACAGCAUAUAUUUGGAGGAUAUGUGAAAAACUUCACAUGUGACUUCUUUUGUCGAUUUUGUACUAUCUCAAAGGCUGAAUUCCUUUCCAAUCCAAGUGAAGUAAAAGCUCUCAGAACACCCGAGGAGUAUGAUAAUGCUGUUGCCACUGCAAGACUGAAGUGGGAGCAAAAGCGGAAACAGUAUUUAAUCGCAGUCAAGAAAGCAACCCGGAGGAAAGCCAAGAAGCGAGCAGGAAAAGUCACAGCACGGAUGUCUGCCCCUGCUUUGAAGAAAUUAAUGACAGUCGGCAUAGCUAAAGAUGCUUACAAAAAAAUGUGUGCUGUCAAUUUUAGAGCAGUAAAAUAUCGAGCAUCUCCUUUCAACUCUACUGUAACUGGUUUCCAUGUCUCAUCACCAGCCAUGCCACCAUGCAUUGCCCAUGACAUUUUUGAAGGUAUUUUGAGAUGUGUUUUGCCUAGGGUCAUGCAAUAUUUCAUUAAUGAAAAAGAGUGGUUUGACCUGCCCACCUUGAACAGGCGAAUUAGGGGCUUCAAGUGCAAAGGCUCAGAUAAACGGGACGCUCCUCAACCUUACAAGUCUCUUGAUAAACUUACAGGAAAUGCUGUUCAAAACUGGAACCACUUGAGACUUUUACCCCUGAUCCUUGGAGACUUGAUUCAGGAUCCUCAAGAUGAAGUAUGGCAAGUUGUUUUAAACUUAAAAGAAAUUGUUGAGUAUAUCUGUGCCCCUAAAAUCUCCAUGGCACAAGUGGCAUAUUUAAAACAACUCAUAAGAAGAUUCAUCAAUUCCUUGCUACGAUUAGAAAAGUUCUUCCCUAAGUGUUUGAUUCCAAAAGUUCAUUUUUUGGCACAUAUGGCUGACUUAAUCUGUAUAUUCGGGCCAUUAAUGAGAUUGUUUACUCUCAGAUUUGAGAGCACCCACAAGUUUUUCAAAACUGUUGUUCGGAAUUGUAGAAAUUACAUUAACAUCACCAAAAUGAUGGCAAAGAAAUUUAUGCUGAGAUUUGCUUCUAUUCAAGCUGGAGAUGGAUUUCCCGCUGACAUAAUUUAUGAUCCGACUUCAUCCUGCUGUGUUAAUUUGAAGACUUUACCUGAAGGGAAAAGAAUUGCAUUUCCAAACAUGUUUGAUCCAUCUGAAUAUGAAGCAUUGACUUCAAUUAUUGUUAAAGGGACUGAGUACAAGAAAGGAUUUUAUUUGGUACUCAGGUCAACAAUGGAUUCAACAUCAUUGACAGUUGGCCUUAUCGAUUUAAUCUUGCUUGACUCUUCAAAUAAUGUUUCUUUUUUAAUGGAAGUUAAAGAAGCUAAUGACAGUUUUAAAGGGUUCUAUGAGCUUGAGAAAUCUUCCAGCACCAAGUACAAACUACUUCCUUAUGAAAGUAUCAUAGACUUCUAUCCUUUACCAUCAUACACUGUCUGCGGCAUUGAGUGCUUAACAUUAAAACACUCAAUUUGUGGUGAUGACAAUUAGUAUUGUUCUCUUACAGUGAUUUUAUAAACAUACAGUUUCAUUCAUUGAAAUUGAAUACUUCUGUACGUUAUGCUCCAAAUGAAUUGUCUUUAUUUUGCAACUUCCAUCCCUCAGCCAAAGAGAAG